CAUCUAACUGAUUCUCCCCUCUUUUGCCCAAUUACAGUUUCGUACAGCACCAGCUAUGCCUAUUAAGGUGUUGUUGGAGGUGGAACCGCCUAGUCCAGGGAGGUACAUGAUCGGAGCAUUAAUCAUGAUGAUCGGAGUUGUUUUACCCGUCGGAUAUAUGAUGUUUCGUAACAAACGUGUUCCUUCUUCUUCCUCCUUCGCUAAACACACGUAGGAGCAAAGUUAUGAUAUAGAGGUGCGAAUGGCAAUCUUGUAGUUGAUAUGUAGUUUGUAUCCGAGCAAGAGAUAGAAUAUGACUUGUAGCAGAUCUAUAUACGUUGGGAUUCAAAUGUAAAUUGUUCAAAACUCAAAACACUGACACAAGUUAGUUUGAAAAUUUUGUUCAAUUUGAAAAUGACACUCAAUGUUGUUCAUUCAAAUUAUGUUUGUUGUUCUUGAAUGAGGUGUCUUUUCGUGUUC